CGCCGCGGGGCCGCGAGAGCCGCCAUUGUCGCCGCCGCCGCGCUCGCAACAGCGCUACCGCCUUAAAGGGGUCGCGCCACUCAAUUAUCCAUCAAGACCGGGUGGGGCCCACCGCUCUGCCACCGUCACUGCGCCCAGCCCGACCCUCGCCGCCACCAUGAGGGAGAUCGUCCACAUCCAGGCGGGCCAAUGCGGCAACCAGAUCGGGGCCAAGUUCUGGGAAGUGAUCAGCGAUGAACACGGCAUCGACCCCACCGGCACUUACCAUGGCGACAGCGACCUCCAGCUCGACCGCAUCAGCGUCUACUACAACGAGGCCACCGGGGGUAAGUAUGUGCCAAGGGCCAUCUUGGUGGACCUGGAGCCGGGCACCAUGGACUCUGUGCGUUCAGGACCCUUCGGGCAGAUCUUCCGGCCAGACAACUUUGUUUUCGGCCAGAGCGGCGCGGGCAACAACUGGGCCAAGGGUCACUACACGGAGGGGGCUGAACUGGUGGAUUCGGUCCUGGACGUGGUGAGGAAGGAGGCGGAGAGUUGCGACUGUCUUCAGGGCUUCCAGCUGACCCACUCGUUGGGUGGUGGCACUGGUUCGGGCAUGGGGACCCUCCUGAUCUCCAAAAUUCGUGAAGAAUACCCCGACCGCAUCAUGAACACCUUCAGCGUUGUCCCGUCUCCCAAGGUGUCAGAUACGGUGGUGGAACCCUACAACGCCACCUUGUCUGUCCACCAACUUGUGGAGAACACGGACGAGACCUACUGCAUCGAUAACGAAGCUCUCUACGACAUCUGCUUCCGUACCCUGAAGUUGACCACUCCCACCUACGGUGACCUCAACCACCUUGUUUCUGCCACCAUGAGUGGCGUCACCACCUGCCUGCGUUUUCCUGGUCAGCUCAACGCCGAUCUCCGUAAGUUGGCCGUCAACAUGGUGCCCUUCCCGCGUCUUCACUUCUUCAUGCCCGGUUUCGCGCCUUUGACGUCACGCGGCAGCCAGCAGUACCGCGCCCUCACCGUCCCCGAGCUCACCCAACAAGUUUUUGACGCCAAAAACAUGAUGGCAGCCUGCGAUCCCCGUCACGGCCGUUACCUCACAGUGGCCGCCGUCUUCCGAGGUCGCAUGUCCAUGAAGGAGGUGGACGAGCAGAUGCUCAACGUGCAAAACAAGAACAGCUCUUACUUCGUCGAGUGGAUCCCCAACAACGUCAAGACGGCCGUGUGUGACAUCCCGCCGCGUGGCCUCAAGAUGGCCGUCACCUUCAUCGGCAACAGCACGGCCAUCCAGGAGCUCUUCAAGCGCAUCUCGGAGCAGUUCACGGCCAUGUUCCGACGCAAAGCCUUCCUCCACUGGUACACGGGCGAAGGGAUGGACGAGAUGGAGUUCACCGAGGCCGAGAGCAACAUGAACGACCUCGUUUCGGAGUACCAGCAGUACCAGGAUGCCACUGCCGAGGAGGAGGAGGAUUUUGGUGAAGAGGCCGAAGAGGAGGCCUGAGGGACGGCCCUCGUCCUUCACUGCCGUUGUCAUCCUCGGAGAGCCCUCGUCCUUCAGCGUUGUCCUCAGAGAGCCUUUCGUCCUUCGCUGUCAUUGUCUUCAGAGAGCCCUCGUCCUUCACCGUUGUCCUUGGAGAGCCCUCGGCCUUCAUCCUCGGAGAGUCCUUGUCCUUCAUCAUCGUCCUCGGAGAGCCCUUGGUCUUCAUCAUUGUCCUCGGCCUUCAUCAUCAUCUUCAGAGAGCCCUUGUCCUCCACCAUGGUCCUUGGAGAGCUCUUGGCCUUCGUCAUCAUCCCUCAGAGAGCUGUUGUCCUUCACCAUCAUCGCCAGAAAGCUCUUGGCCUUCAUCAUGGUUGUCCUCUGAGCCCUCGGCCUUCGCUGUUGUCACUGGAGAGCCCUUGGCCUUUGUCAUUCUCAGAGAACCUUCAGCCUUUCUCCUCAUCCCCAGAAAGCCCUUGGUCUUCACCAGUGUCGUCAGCACUAGAGAGUCCUUGUCCUUCAUCAUGGUCACUGAAGAGGCCUCGUCCUUCAUCAUCGUCACCAGAGUUCUCGUCCUUGGAGCAUCCCUGUCCUUCACCACCAUCUUCGUCACCAUCCCCUCUCCGUUGUCACUGUCCCCAGAAGGUCCCUGUUGCUCCAGAGCCACCGUCCCCUCCGUGUCACCCCCCCUUGUCCCCAUGUCCCCCACUGCUGGGGGUGACAUCACCACUAAAUUAUUGCAGCCCCCAGGCACCAAUUCGCCCCCUUUCCACCCAAAACCACCACUCCAGUGCAGGGGGCUCCCGGGUGGCCCUGUCCCCUGUGUCCCCAACCGGAGGCUCUCCUGUCCCCUCCAUGUCCCCUGCCCCCAACUCCAUCCUAUUUUGGUUUGUUUUUUCCCCUUUUUAAGCUUUUUUUUUUUCCUUUUUUUUUUUUUUUCAUAUUGAAAAGCCGCCCCCGGGCGAGGAAUAAACCCGGGAUGUAAAGCCA